CUUCAGCAGGAUGGUGACCUCCCUGUAGAUCCUUUCGAGCUCCGGGUCUCCCAUAUGGUUCACUAUGCAGCAUUGGUGACGGGAGCAAAAUGGGAUCAGAUUUGGGGGAGGUGGAGGAGGAGCAGGCAGUACUUUCUAUUCUCUGUUGCUUGCCGGGGCUGCCCUGAAAGUCACCCAGAAAUGGAGUUUUUGCAAGGUCUCUCUCCUUCAUGCUGUUUUGCCUUGCUGUCCUCAAGUUGGUGCUACCUCAGGUGGCCACGUAGAGCAUACGGGAAGUCAGCCCAGCUCUGGCAAGACUUUAGACAUGAGUAUAUUCCUUCUGAUAGUUCCAUCUCUCUCUACCCUAGGAAGAAACUCUUCUUAACAGAGGGAGACUCAUCUGCAGGUGAUUCUCCAAGGACAUGGGAAGAUAGGUGCAAACCCUGGAACCCUGACCCUUAAGCGGAGGGAAGCUGGUUUCUGCUGUGAACGAUGGCCAAACCCACUCUGAGAGGGAAUGGCACUAACUCGGAGACCUUCCGACAGCGCUUCAGGAGAUUUCAUUACCAGGAGGUAGCUGGGCCCCGGGAGGCUUUCAGCCAACUCUGGGAACUUUGCUGUCGGUGGCUAAGGCCGGAGGUGCGCACCAAGGAGCAGAUUGUAGAAUUGUUGGUGCUAGAGCAGUUCCUGACCGUCUUACCUGGGGAGAUCCAGAAUUGGGUACAGGAGCAAUGUCCAGAGAGUGGAGAGGAGGCAGUGGCUCUGGUGGAAGAUUUAGAAAGACAGCCUGGAAGACCUGGACGUUCGGUCACAGUCUCUGUGAAGGGGCAGGAAGUGCGCUUGGAGAAGAUGACACCCCUGAAAUCAUCACAAGAGUUAUUAAUUGUUCGGCAGGAGUCAGUGGAACCCCAGCCCAGGGGUGUACCCAAGAAAGAGAGGGCAAGAAGCCCAGACCUGGGACCACAGGAGCAGAUGAAUCCAAAGGAGAAGCUCAGACCUUUUCAAAGGAGCGGAUUUCCAUUUCCUAAAUCCGGUGUGGUCUCCAGGUUGGAGCAAGGAGAGCCAUGGAUCCCAGAUUUGGGCUCCAAGGAGAAGGAACUCCCAAGAGGCAGUCACACAGGAGACAGACGAAUGCAUGCUGAUCCGUUACCAUCCAGGAGAGAGAGAAGAAGCUGGGUGGAGCAGGAUCACUGGGGCUUUGAGGAUGAGAAGGUGGCAGGUGUGCACUGGGGCUAUGAAGAGACCAGAACUCUCCUCGCGAUUCUCAGUCAGACUGAGUUUUAUGAGGCUCUUCGAAAUUGUCACCGCAACAGCCAAGUAUAUGGGGCUGUGGCUGAGCGGCUCCGAGAGUAUGGCUUCCUCCGGACCCUGGAACAGUGUCGGACCAAGUUCAAAGGUCUCCAGAAGAGCUAUCGGAAAGUCAAGGGUGGCCACCCACCUGAGACCUGCCCCUUCUUUGAAGAGAUGGAAGCCCUGAUGAGUGCCCAGGUCAUCGCCCUGCCCAGUAACGGCUUGGAAGAGGCAGCUUCUCACUCUGGCCUGGUGGGCAGUGAUGCUGAGACUGAGGAGCCAGGGCAGGGGGUCUGGCAGCAUGAGGAAGGAGAAGAGGCCAUGGCUGAAGAGUCUGACAGUGAUGAAAUGGGCCCGGAGGCCACCCCACAGGACCCUGACAACUUGACUGUUCUUUUCCGAAGGCCAAGUGGUGUACACUGGGGCUAUGAAGAGACGAAGACUUACCUUGCAAUUCUUAGUGAGACUCAGUUUUACGAAGCCCUCCGGAACUGUCACCGCAACAGCCAGUUGUAUGGAGCAGUGGCUGAGCGGUUAUGGGAACAUGGCUUCCUUAGGACAGCGGAGCAGUGUCGGACCAAGUUUAAAAGCCUACAAACCAGCUAUCGGAAAGUCAAGAAUGGCCAAGCACCAGAGACCUGUCCUUUCUUUGAAGAGAUGGAUGCUUUGGUGAGUGCCCGGGUUGCUGCCCCGCCAAGUGACGGCCGGGAAGAGGAGACAGCCUCUUGCCCUCUCCAGGAGACCCGUGAGGCUGAAGCUGGGAAGCAAGCUGAGGAGGCAGAAGAGGCCAUAGAAGAUGAUUCUGAGGAUGAUGAAGAGGAUACUGAGUUACCGCCAGGGGCUGUCAUGACACGUGCUCCAGUCUUAUUCCAGAGCCCCAGUGGUUUUGAGGCUGGAUUUGAGAAUGAAGAGAAUCUAAAACAGGAUAUUUCUGAGGAAGUGCAACUACAUAGGACAUUACUUGCAAGGUCUGAAAGGAAAAUUCCCUGGCAUCUUAAUCAGGGUAAAGGCAGUGAGAGUGAAUGUAGAUCAGGAAGACAGUGGGAAAAGACCCCAGAGGAGAGAAGAGGAAAACCGACACUCCCAGAAAGGAAUUUAGGUAAAGUUCUAAGUCAUCAGAGACCUUACUUGGGAGAGAGACCCCAUAAGUAUCUCAGAUAUGGCAAAAGCUUUGGUCCAAACUCCCACCUCAUACAUCAGAUAUCCCAUCAGGUGGAAAAUCCAUAUAAAUGUGCUGAUUGUGGGAAAAGCUUCAGUCGGAGUGCACGCCUCAUUAGACACCGGAGAAUCCACACUGGAGAGAAACCUUAUAAGUGUCUUGACUGUGGGAAAAGUUUCCGUGACAGUUCAAAUUUCAUCACCCAUAGGAGAAUCCACACAGGAGAGAAACCGUAUCAAUGUGGUGAGUGUGGAAAACGCUUCAAUCAGAGCUCAAGCCUUAUUAUUCACCAGAGAACCCACACAGGAGAAAAGCCCUAUCAAUGUGAAGAGUGUGGAAAAAGCUUCAAUAACAGUUCCCAUUUUAGUGCACAUCGGAGGAUACACACAGGAGAGAGACCCCAUGUGUGUCCUGACUGUGGAAAGAGUUUCAGUAAGAGUUCUGACUUACGUGCACAUCACAGAACCCACACAGGAGAGAAACCCUAUGGGUGUCAUGACUGUGGCAAGUGCUUCAGUAAAAGCUCUGCUCUUAAUAAGCACCGAGAAAUCCAUACACGUGAAAAACUUCUGUCACAGUCAGCACCUGAGUAAGCUCCUGAGGAUGUAUAAAGAAAAGAGCCUCAAUAAGUGUACUAAAAUUGUCUGAAAAAGUAUUCCAAUAGUGAGAUCCAUCUCCUAUUCUGUGCCCAACUAACUUAGGAAAUACUCUAGGAUUUACCCCACUGUUUUUCCCUCUUUCUCCUGGAUCUAGAGUCAAAUUCCCAAGGCAGUCAUCUUAAGAAUGAAAGGAAGAUUUCAAUCCCUCUCCUUGCCUGCAUCUGAACUGACAGAUAACACCAUUCCCUCUCAGUGCCUAUGUUGUUUCCUUAAUAGAGGACAUAGUAUCAGUUUGAUAUGCACCUGUCUUUACUCAUCCUGUUAUUCAGCUGCAUUUCAACUGGAAAAACCCAUCAUAGCAGCAUUUCAGGAAGAGGUUGUGAGACUCUUCUCACUGAGUGGGUCUAGCUCUUUGUACAAUAAGCAAAAUACAAUUUCCAUUUCCAAAAAAGAUUUCAAAAAAGUCUUCCUGCUCACUUAAGCCUGUCCUCAGAAUGACAUAUUUGUCAUGCACACUCUUCAUUUACCUUAAAGAAGGAGAGUUUCAUUUCCAUCUUGGUUCUGACCUAUGAAUCAUCUUGCCAAGAACCUAGGUGUUCUAUAUGGGGAAACAAUGUAAACCUUCUAUAAAUAUUGAGGUAUGAACCCUGGAUUUCUUAGUUUAUUCCAAGCCCUAGAAGAUUUGAAAUA